UAAUAAAAAAAUUUAGAAACCAAAACAUAAUUUUCCAAUGACAUUCUUCAUAUAAAAAAAAUUAGGUACCAAGUAAAAUAUAAAAAGUACAGGUACCCAACUGUAAUUUUUCAUUUGGGUCAAAUGGAAUGAAUUAGUUGGAUAUUUAAGUGGAUGGAUUGGAUUAUAUAUUGUCACCUCUAAAUGCAUUAUAUCAUGCUCUUAAUGAAAUAUAUAUAUAUGCUCUAAUAUACUUUGAUAAAUCAGAAUUACCGAUCAUUAUUUUUUGAUUAAAUUGAUCUUAUGGUUUGAGUUUAGAAAUUAGGGUCUAGUGUUCACUUAGUAAAAUUUAGUAUAUAAUAUCAUGCUCCAAACAACAAUGAAUUCUAGGUCUAAAUAGCCAUACUCACUAUGCGUAUGAUAACAUACGUUUAUUGAUUUCCACUAUUUAGGUCAUGAGUUAACCCAAAUUUGGAGCACUAUACUAUAUGCUAAGCUCUAAUGGAUCAGCCCCAAACAAUGAUUUCUAAACACAAACCACAAAAUCCAUCUAUGAAAAAAAUUAAUCAACGGGUUUUAUUCGUCCAAGUAUAUAAAAAUACAUCUAGUAGGUUUGAUGUGAUUCUCGAGCUGCAAUGAGGAAGAGAAUACCUGACCAUGCAAGAAGCAGGUGCCCGACUGGGAAUCCGAAAUGGCGACCGGAGAAUUGGUCUAGAAGGACCCCCGACCAGUGUUGUUAAAUCCCCAACCAGGGAAUUGAGAUUGGGGAUUUGGCCCUGACGAAUUAAACUUCAUUUUUAUUUUAGGAUUCUUUUUCUGUACUUUCAUUAGUUUUAUUUUUCAGACCUAUUUAAAGGGUUGUAAACUCUGAUUUGAGAGAGAUUAGACUUUGAUUAAUUAAAAAAAUCUUUGGUUCAUUGAGCCUAAUGCUUGUGAAUUUUUCUCUCAUUGUUGGUGGACUCCAAUCGCGUUAAGUGUUGUCUCUGUAUCAAUCAGGUAUUCCUCUUGAUUAUGGUCAAGUUUCUAGCCUUAUAUUGUUCGAGCUUUCUCCCGGGUGUGAGAUUGCACGUCAAUUCCGCCAUAAACUUUACUUUUUUGUGUUGUUGAGAGAAAUUUGAGAAAACCCUAAAAUGAUUGUGACUACGCGACUUUGAUAAAAAAAAAAUCUAGGCAUUUACGAGCUCACAAUCUUAUCAGGUGGUAUCAGAGCUCCGGUUCAAACUCAGCAGCGAAGAGAAGGUCAUUUAUUUUCAAUAUCUGUAAUUUUGUUUUCUUUUAUUAUUGAAAAAGGCAAAAGAAAUUGUGAUUUCGGUUACUGUUCAUGAGAAGAAAAAAGUGGAAAAGUUUUUCAUCAGCCACAAAGUUGAACGUGAGUUGAAAGAAAAGAAAAGAGCGCAAAGAAUACAUAGAUGUCUUGGAUUUUUAGUUUGUGUAUUUCCGGUUCAAAUCAAUGGCAACGAGAAGAAGGCCGCGAAGAGCAAACCAUAGAGCCAAACCUUGCAGACGCAAUGAAACAGCUUGCAGCACAGAUGGCUCAGGUGGGAGCUAUGCUUCAAACCAUGGUUGAACAAAUAUCGAGUUCGAGUUCUCCGGUUCAACAGAGAUCCAAUUCUGAUGAAGUCGAUGCUGAGCUAGAGGAUGAGUCGAAGGAUGAAGCCAAUUCUAGCAAGUGCCUUAAAGACAACGGAGUGGUUUCUCCAACCACAGGCAUUCCAGAACCAUAGAAGGAAGAUGGAGAAUUCUACUAGAUGGUCGUGGUGGGAAAGGAGCAUAUAGCUUAUCUCAAUCCUUUUUACAACUUUUGUGACGAUGAAUUCUCGUGCAGGAGACUUCAAGAUUUGAGCUUUGGUAGCUUGCUUUGGACGACUGAUUGUUGUGAAGGCAAGAGGAUAGACUGUUGUUGCUUGAGUCCAGUGAAGGAUGGAGAUUUUGGACGAGGAUCUUCAAAUUUAGAUGCCUUGGGAGCAACCAAUUAUGUUUGGAAACCUAACUAGAGGUUUCACGGAAACAUUCAUGUUGAUUUGAGCUUCGAAAGUCAUGAUUUGGAGCACAUGUUUGAUCGGGUGUUUGAGCUCUUGACUCUGUGGGAUUGCGGAGGAUAUUUAUUCUUUCUUGGUGAUGAUUAUACAUGAAAUUUCGUUUGGAAACCGACUCUAAAACUUUGAGGGCAAAGCUUCUUCAACGGAGAGGGCCUGAUGUGAUUCCCAACCGGCAAUGGAGAAGAGCAUACCCACCCCAUGCAAGGAGCAGGUACCCGCCCGGGGAUCCGAAGUGGCAACCGGGGAAUUGGUCCAAAAGGACCUCCGACCAGUGUUGUUAAAUCCCCGACCGUGGAAUUGAGACUGGUGAUUUGGCCCUGACGAGUUAACUUCCUUUUUCGUUAAGGAUUUUUUUCCUUUUCUGUACUUUAAUUAGUUUUAUUUUCCAUAUCUAUUCAAAUGGUUGUAAAAAAACUCUUCUAUUCAUUGAGCGUGAUGCUUGUGAAUUUUUCUCUCGUCGUUGGUGGACUCCAAUCACGUUGAGUGUUGUCUCUGCAUCAAUCAGGUAUUUUUCUUGAUGGUGGUCGAGCUUCUACCUUUAUAUUGUUCGAGGCUUCUCUCAAGUGUGUCUAGCAUUGAUUUUUUGUAUGUAAUACUAAUCAAUAGGGCCUCAUUGGUAAGUGCUACCCUUAAAUUGACCCGAGUCCCUUAGUAUGGGAGGACUCCAUGAUUAUUCGUUCGCCGGUUUGCGAAGUCAAAACUUUGGUAGAUAGGGAUCCCGUCAAAACUUCUUUUGAGGAAUGGGCCAGACCUGGUCCCGGAACUAGUCGGAUGAAGUUGAAAUUUUCUUUCUUAAAAAAAUGGAUAAAAGAAGAAAAAAAACCACCCUAACCGUGCUUGCAGUUUUCAUUGCACACGGAUUACACGUCAAUUCCGCCCUAUCUUUUACUUUUUUCGUGUUGUUGAGAGAAAAUUCAGAAAACCCUAAAAAGAUUGUGACUGCACAAGUUUGAUCAAAAGAACCUAGGAUUUCACAAGUUCGGGAUCCCAUCAAGGCUUGAAUGUAAACUUAUAUUAUACGCCAGACGUACACUAGCCUUUGUCAUACAUAUCGGUCAAACUGUCAUACUGUUUAGAGUAACGAUACUCUUAAAUACUUCUAGUGAGAUAUAUUUUUUAGAUCAUAUGAAUUAAAUCGAGUUCGUUGUAUCAUAUUAUAUCAUAACGUCUAAUGAAUGAAUAGUGAAUAC